GUUUUUAUUAAUUAAUUUGGUUUCAUUUUUAAAAUUAUUUAAUUUAAACAUAUAUAUUGUAAUAUAAAGUACUGAAGAAAUGCAUAACUUUCGAAAGCAGCCGUCAACGGACACAACAGACAAUGGAACUGAAAAGAACGAUGAUUAUCCGAGAGCCACAAACGGCGUAGUUUUCGGAGCCACAAUUACAUUUGUGGGUUAUUUCUUUAUGAUGAUGUCUUUCUGUUCUCCGUAUUGGAUUGAAUCAUACGAGGAAACACGUAGCAGCUUUAAAAAUAUGGGUCUAUGGCAAUAUUGCUUUAAGGAUUUUACUUAUCCAAACUAUCAGUUUCAGCGCAAGUUUACAGGAUGUCAUAAUAUUUUCAGUCAUGAAUAUUAUGUUAUACGAGAGUGGCUUUUGCCCGGUUGGCUGAUGUCCGUUCAGGCCUUUGUUACAUUAUCGUUUAUACUUAUUUUUAUCGUUUUGGUCAUUUUGGCCUUAACUAUAAUUCGAAUGCCCUUAAAAGCCGUCUUGCAAUAUGAAUGGUUGCUCAUCCGUAUUUCAUACCUGUGCACUGCUAUUUCUUCUCUGUUCAUGUUUUUAGCUGUAUGUAUAUUUGGAGGCUGUGCCUACCGCCGCGAUUGGUUAAUGUAUCCCAAGUUUAAUGUUUUGGGAUGGUCGUAUGCCUUGGCUGUAGUAACUUUUAUUUUACUGGGAUUAGCUGCGUUAAUACUACACCGUGAAGCGCGUGAGGCAUAUGAAAUGAGAGGUGAACAGAAGAAUUUGGUGAUGCAAAUGGAAAUGCAAGAACCGGGCUAUCAAGCACCGAGACAUCACCAGAGUCAAUCAAGAAGUUUACAUGGUUACAUAUAAAACACUAUCUCACAGAUGCUUCAAUAUGAAGAACAUUCCAUAUAUUUUACUUUUUUAUAUAAAAUAUUUAAUUUUAAAAAUUCCGAAUCUCUCGGAUCACUUCAAACCCGUCCAUUUAAAACAUUUGUUUCUUGUUUUUUUUUGCUCAUUUAAUACUUAUUUUUUUAUCGCCUUAAUUCGAAAUGAGAAAACCGUGCUUACCGAUAGGGGUAAUCACGGUUUAGUUAGACACGGAUUUUUCAUUUCGAAUGCAGCUGUAUGUUUAUAUCAAACUGAAAAAGUGCCUUAGAAUGGUAGUUAAUAUUUAAGUAUUUCUAUUAAUACAUACUUUCAUCGUAAUGUUUUAUAUACAUUUUCUUACAUUAAUCGAUCUUAUGCCGUCCUUUUACACCAGUACACUCUCGAAUAUUUUUAUACAUUUUAUAUUUUAUUAUUAUUAUUAUAAAAUUGUAGACAACAAAAUAUAAAUACAAAUUUAUUUUUAAAUAUACAUAAAUAAAACAAAAA